GUGAAACAUAAACAAAUAAUGGGCUAUGGCGACAAAGUGUUUGUUUUUGCAAAAAGUGUCUAAUAGUUUGUUUUGAAAAUGGAGUCUGAACUAAAACUUAAUUCGGCUUUUGAUUUUCACUCUGCUUUUGAAUAUAGUUCAAGUAUUGAAAAUAAGAAUAAAUUCAAUAAAAGGUUGUAUGCAUCUGCGUUUUCUUAUCGUUCAGUUUAUGUGACUUCUGACGUUGAAAAAGAUGAUAUCCACAGCGAGUCCCAAAUUCUCACCCUCUUGAGGAGUGUAAUAACUGCUGUCUUAUACUUCUUCAUAAUUUCACUUUUUCCUCUUUCUCUUUGGAUCUGUGUCAAAAAAGUUCAUGCAUUGGAACGUUUGGUGUUAAUAAGACUUGGCCAUUUGCAACCCAUACGAGGCCCUGGAUAUACUAUCGUGUUACCAUUUGCUGAUGUGUGGAUUAAAAUUGACCUUCGACCACAGGUGUUUACUGUCUCAACAUUGCAGCUGUUAACUUCUGAUGGUGGCAUUAUUGAAGCUGAAGCUGAUGUUGAAUAUCAUGUUGUAAAUGCUAUUAGUUAUUUCACAAAACUUAAUGGAGGAGAAAAUACUUUGGAAAACAUAGCCCAGUAUUGUUUGAAAAAUAUGCUUUCUGGAAAAAAUCAAGAAGAUAUUUUAUCAAAAAGGGAGAUAAUUGGUUCAGAUUUAAAGGAUGAAUUGAAUAAUUCUGCUGUAAAUUGGGGUUUAGAAGUAUCAAAUGUCUCUUUACAUUCCAUAAAAGUAAUUAAGCCCGGAGAACCUGUUGAUGCUAUUGGCACUUUAAUGACUGCUUUAAAUGCUGUAACUGGUCACUCUUCCCAGCAUACAGCAGCAAUGUUCCCGUUUACGCAUCUAAUACAGGGUAAAGAUGUGGAUUUAGAAACUUUAGAGACAAAGGCAUCUAUUGCCAACACUAAGGAAAAAUAUAAAACUGAAGAGCAGACUGCUAACAAACAUGAAAUGGAUGAUUCUGGAAUUCUUAUGCAACAACUUGUUGAGCGGGCAGAUACAACUGAAUUGAAAGAUUUAACAGUUAAGUUAAAAUUUGAUGUUACUGGCCCAGAGAGUAGAGUUAUUUAUUGUUUCUUAGAUAAAGGUAAAAUAUGUGUGUUUGAAUCUACAGAACAUUUUGAUUCUGAUGUGAAACUUACACUGUCAGAAAAUAUUCUGAAAGAUAUUUUGAACUCAAAACUUUCCCCUUUGGAUGCAUAUAUGGAUGGCCAAGUAAAAGUUGCUGGUGAUUGGACUUUGCUGAACUUGAUGCCAAAGUUAUUUCAUAAUUAAUAUUUAUAGGUACAUAAGAACAAACUCAUCAUUUCAAAUUUCUCCCGAGGGGGGAGGGGGUCAAAAGGCGUAUACUUAAUGCAAAUUAAGCCAAAAAAAAAAAAAAAAUUGCACACUUAUGUACAUACUAAGUUCUCAAAGCAUGGUGGUGGCACAAUUGCCUCCUCCUUAAGGCAGUUCACUUACUGGCCAUUUGUCCCGUCCAUCCCAUUUUUUGAUGUGAUGGACUGCCAACGAAAACAGAGUAGUAUUCACAUCCGCACAUCGAUCACAUGGCUGAACUCACCCACCAGAGAAAAUAGCGCACUGCUUGGCGGGAACCAAUGAAAUGCCGUUCUACUUUUGACGGCCAUCAGGUAUCAAGGUUCUUCUGAUGAAACCGGUCCCGUCCAAGGCGGCUUGCUGUCAUGGGAACCAGCAAAGCAAACCUGUUUCGGGAGGAAACAAACGUGAUGGACAGAACGGACGGCCGAUAUGUGAACAGGCCCUUACACCUCUAAAUGAUGGCCUGCAUAAGAACACAAAAAUUUGUUAGUUAUUUAUCAAGCUUAUGUAUUAUUGGAGAACUUGCUUAAAUUUCUUCUCAUACAUUCUAAUUUUAUAGAAAGAUAGUGCCAUAUUUUUUACAGAAUAAAUGUUCCUUAAGUUGCAUUGAAAGUUACAUUUGCUUGACUAAACUUAAAUUGUUGAUGAUAUCCAGGUGAAAAAUAAUUCGUAUAUUGAUUAUCUUCUCUAAAGAAGAAAGUAUUGAAUUGGUAAAUAUUUUCAAAUUUUGGUUGGAUGUACUUAGAAUAAGGUACACUGACCAUAUAUUUUUUGGAAAAUGUCUAUGUGAGUGAAGCACUUUUUUGUGGAUGAUCUAACUCAAAAUGCAAUGCAAAGAGUCCGACAAAGUCCAACAAAAAGAGUCCUGAUGCCAACUGGUGCUUAGCUUUUGGCACCAAUUGUUCCAAAGGAGGUAGCACAAUUUAACAUAGACCCCCCUCCCCCUACGUAUGCUACUGUGCCGAGGGGUUUACCUGAGAUGUUCAUAGCUGCAAUGUUCUCUUCAUGCAAAGAAAUUUUUCCAUAAUAUUGGUAAAAAACAUUUAAAAAUGUUACUUAAUUUUUUA